AUGGCGACCGGUAAGGUGACCAAGAAAAGGGUUGCUCCCGCCAUACUGGACAACGGCAUUGCUGCUCCAUCCCUGGUGUUCCAGGCGAGACCUAACGUGAGCAGAGAGAAGUUAACGGGCACCCAGAAACGCGAGAACCAUGUGACAAGUGAGCAGCGCCGCCGCGAGAUCCUCAGAGAGUAUUAUGAUGAGCUGGUGCGCCUUGUGCCGGACUUGCAGGAGUCGGAGAACAGAUCAGAGUGGCAGAUUUACAUGAAGACGCGCAAUUAUUUAUGCUGGCUUUAUAAGCGCAACGCGCAGUUGCGCAGACAGUUGAAACUUACCAAUGUGAAGUACCCCGAGUAUUUGGUGUGGAAGUGUCCCAAUGCGCUCAAUGGACCGGGAUAG